AUGGCGUGCUGCGGGAGAAAAACAAGAGAGAAAGAUGCUCCUUCUCUGUCCAUCGAUAUGGCGUCGUUCGAGCUGCCGUCUCCACUGCCUCCAUGGCCACCAGGUAUCCAUCCUCAUGCUUCCUCUUUAUUCAGACACAGCAGCAUUAGGGUUUUCUCUGGUUUCCUGACGUCCCUGAUCUUCUAACUGGUGGGUCUUCGUCCUCCAAGGUGAGGGCUUCGCCGUGGGGAAGAUGAAUCUGGGGGAGAUCGAGGUCUGCGAGGUGACCUCCUUCGCUGAGGUUUGGGUAGCCCACGAAGGAGGACCCGGCAAUCUCGGAGCCGCCUUCUUCUCCCCUUCUUCAAUCCCCCCCGGCUUCUUUCCACUGGGAUGCUACGCCCAGCGCAGAGGAGCUCCUCUCUUUGGCUGGGUCCUCGUCGGAAAGGACGUCGGAGGAGGCGCCGCCGCCGCCCUCCAGCCGCCGGUGGACUACACCCUCCUCUGGAGCAGCGCCGGGUCCAAGCUCAAGCGCCAUGGCGACGGCUUCUUCUGGCUCCCGGUCGCCCCAGAAGGGUAGGGUAACAGCACAAAAACCAGUCGAUAUCAAAACGAAAAGUUAAGAUCGGAUCAGACUAAAUUCAUGGCCUAGAUGGGAUCUCCGACAGGUACUCCGCCGUGGGGCUUGUGGUCACGUCGUCGCCGGAGAAGCCCUCGCCGGAGGAGAUCCGCUGCGUCCGGUCGGAGCUCACCGAGCGCUGCGAGGCCGACGGCGAGCUCUGGAGCGACGGUAAGGGCUUCAAUCUCUCCCGCCAGAGGCCCACGGAAAGGGGCUCCCGCGCCACCGGCGUCGCCGUCGGAACCUUUACGGCAGCGGCGGCGCCGCCGCCGCUGUUAUGCCUGAAGAACUCCUCCUCCCUCACAUCCACCAUGCCCAACAAGGCCCAGAUCGAAGCUCUCGUAAAAACCUACUCCCCAUGGAUCUUCUGCCAUCCGAAGGACCCCUACUUCCCCUCCUCCGUCGCCUGGUUCUUCACCAACGGCGCCACCCUCCACAAGAAGGGCGACCCCAUCCCCAUCGCCGUCGACCCCUCCGGCGGCAAUCUCCCGCAGGGCGGCGCAAACGACGGCGAGUACUGGCUCGAUGUCCCCGCCGGCGGCGCUGCCAGGGAUAGGAUCCUGAAGGGGGACCUCCCCAGCUCGGAGGCUUACCUCCAAGUUAAGCCCAUGCUAGGCGGCACCUUCACGGACGUGGCCGUCUGGGUCUUCUUCCCUUUCAACGGACCGGCGAGGGCCAAAUUAGGGUUCCUCACCAUCCCCCUCGGCGCCACAGGCCGGCACAUCGGCGACUGGGAGCACCUCACUCUGAGGAUCAGCAACUUCUCCGGCAAACUCCGGCGAGUUUACUUCUCCCAGCACAGCGCCGGCGAGUGGGUGGAGGCCUCCAAAUUGGAGUUCCAUAAUGGGAACAAGCCCAUUGCUUACGCUUCUCUGCAUGGCCACGCCAUGUAUCCAGCGGCGGGGCUGUACAUGCAGGGCAGCGCCGCCGCCGGGAUAAGGAACGACGCCGCGGGUGGAGGGCCAGCGAUGGACACCGGCGAGAGGUGGAACCUGUUGGCGGCCCCCCACCUGGGCGACGCCGCCGCCCCCUCGCCGCCGCCGUGGCUGGAUUACCGGCGGCAAUGGGGCCCCAAGCUGACCUACUGGACCGCCGGAGUGUUGCAGAAGGUGGCUGGGUUCCUCCCCAGCGAGGUGUUCGGAGAAGAAGGACCCACCGGGCCCAAGGAGAAGAGCAGCUGGGAAGGGGACGAGAAGUAUACCCCGUAG